AUGCUUCCUGCUCUUUUGGCCAACGUCCAUCGAUUUCACGAUUGGUCCAUGGAAAUAGCUGAAAAAUGCGGCGGUACAUAUUAUUUAAAAGGUCCAUGGUUUGUCAAUAUGGAUAUGAUUGGAACUGUUGAUCCAGCCAAUGUAAAGCACAUGUUGAGUACCAAUUUCUCCAAUUAUCCCAAAGGCUCUAAAUACAAAGAGAUGUUUGAAGAUAUAUUUGGAGAUGGGCUUUUCAAUUCUGAUCAUGACCUAUGGAAGAAUCAAAGAAAAGUUUCUGUUGCUUUGAUCAAUAAUCAACGUUUUCGAAAAUUUCUGUUCAAUACUAUAAGCGCUACGGUGGAAAAUGCCCUAAUUCCAGUUCUUGAACAUUUCUAUGAGGAAGGUAGAAUAGUGGACAUUCAAGAAAUAGCUCACAGAUUUACGUUCGAUGUUACAAUGAAAGUGAUUACAGGUUUCAGUCCGGAAACCCUUACCAUUGAAUUGCCUAAAAAUGAGUUUUUAGAUGCCAUGGAACAUGCAGAAGAAGCUACAUUCUACCGGCAUGUAAGGCCGAAAAUAUUUUGGAGGUUGCAAAAAUGGCUAGGGUUUGGAUUAGAGAAGAAAAUGAAAAUGGCUAGGAUAACAAUUGAUCGAGUAGCAGCUUCUUAUGUGGCAAGAAAAAGAGAACAACUCAUUGAAGAGGGAGAAGGAGAGCUCGAUCUUCUGGCGUCAUACUUAACGGUGCAUUGCAAUGAUGAAAAAUUAAUGGAAGGGUGGAAAUCAAAGGAUGAAUUUUUGAGAGACACGCUUGUAAAUUAUAUGUUUGCAGGAUGGGAGAACUCAUUGGGUUGGUUCUUUUGGCUUAUAAUGAAGAAUCCAGUUGUUGAGGCAAACAUUAGAGAGGAAUUGAACAGUUUAUCGCCAAAAAGAAGAGAUCGAUUAGAGGUUUUUGAGUUGGAAGAGGUGAACAAGUUGGUGUAUUUGCAUGGAGCAAUAUGCGAAACCCUAAGGCUUUAUCCACCGGCAAUGUAUGAGCAUAAGAAACCUCUUAAACCGGAUACUCUUCCAACCGGACACUAUGUUGAUCCAAAUAUGGAAAUUACGUGUUGA